CACACCCAAUGAUAAUUCUCUUCACUGCUCUGUGUUGCUGCUGUCGGGAAACUGGGUGUGUGAUCCGGAGUGGCUGAUGGAAUUGCUUGCUGUCUUUGCAUUGGCUGACCGCACAGCAGCACUGCUCCGUGUAUUUUUAGCCAUCGAUGCAAUUCAUAUUGCGGUGCGAGCGAGGCGACUCGGUCCACAGUCCCAGUAGGCUACACCGGAGUUACAGGGGUUAGCUGCGAGUGCAGUGCUUUGGGGUUUGCGACAUAGACCGAAGGAGAGUGGGGGAGACUGGCUACACAGCAAGUCAAGUAAAAAUAAAUAAACGGCAUUAUCGGGUUUUCACGGUCAGGUGCUGAAGCCUGAGGAUUCUCCAAUAGCCUACAUUUGUAGAUUUAUUGUUGGUCUAUUUUAAUACUGAGCAGCUUUGCAAAUGGCAAGUCCCGCUGCAGAUAGAGGACAACCACACCAGCGACAUCCCCUCUCCGAAUCGGCCUCGGAGCCCGCGUUUCUAGAAGCGCAGAAAUGGAUUGAGGCGGUCACAGGCAGAUGCUUCAAUGACAAGGACUUCAGGGGAGGCCUGGAGAAUGGGAUCCUGCUGUGCGAGUUGCUGAGCUCCAUCAAACCUGGCUUGGUGAAGAAGAUCAACAGAUUACCCACUCCCAUCGCUGGCCUGGACAACCUGAGUGUGUUCCUGCGUGGCUGUGAGGAGCUGGGACUGAAGGGCUCUCAGCUGUUUGACCCUGGGGACCUGCAGGAUAUCUCCACACGCCCCAACGCUAAGGUUGCCGACUGCAGUAGGAAACUCAAGAAUGUUCUGAUUACCAUAUACUGGCUGGGCCGGGCUGCCAACAGCUGCACCUCCUACAACGGGCCCACACUGGACCUGAAGGAGUUUGAAGGCCUGCUAUCACAGAUGCGAAAGGAGGCGGAGGACAUGGAGAGCCCCCAACGCAGCAUACGGGACAGCGGCUACAUCGACUGCUGGGACUCGGAGCGUAGCGACUCACUCUCCCCGCCUCGCCACGGCCGAGAGGACUCCUUCGACAGCCUGGACUCAUUCGGCUCACGCUCUAGACAGACGCCCUCGCCGGACGUAGUGGUCGCCCGCGGCAUUGGCAGUGAUGGCCGUGGCAGCGACUCCGAGUCCGACGCCGGACCCCACGGGGGCAGGAAGCUGCCAGACGUGCGCAAGGAUGACAUGCUGGCUCGGCGGACCUCGGUGAGCGAGCCCCGCGUGAUGGUGCCCUUCAAUCAGUACCUGCCCAACAAGAGCAACGCCAGUGGCUACGUGCCCACACCGCUGCGCAGGAAAAGGGGUGACCACGAGAGCCGGGAGGAGGGCAGUGGAGGGGGUGGAGGCAGCCGCAAGAGCUGGAGUACCGCCACUUCGCCCAUAGGAGGCGAUAUACCCUUCAGUCCAACCGAACUCCCCAACCUAGACGUACCCCCAGUUAUAGCUCCUAUUGAGCCCCCGUCCCCCGAGCUCCAAGCCCAACCCCUUCCCCAACCACAGAAUCAGUCAGAAGAACAAUACAGGGGUGAGGAAGAAAUGGAGGAGAGAAAAGAGGAGGAAGGGAGGUUGACUCCGGCAUGCCCGUGGAGACAGGAGUGGAAGGAGGAGUAUGAGCUUCACUCCUACACCCCCCCUCAGCGCUCACAGACCCCCACACUCAACCACAGGGAGACUGCUAUACACCUGACUGUGACUGCUGAGCAAAGUAGCCCCGUCCGCUCAUGCUCCGAGGAACUUUACCGUCCGUCAUCCCUGACAACCAGCCCCAUGACUACCUCCAUCAUCGUGACGAGCCCCCUUAGCCCCAGGGCCAGCCUGGACACAACCAGGAAGUUCCCUCCCAUGAUUUACAGGGAGAAAGCAGGGCAAAAGAAGGUGGGGCUGUCCAUAUCCCUAGCGACAGACACGGGGAGGAAUGACGACGUAUGGGCUCGCCGUGCCCUUACCUCGCCAAAACACGGCGGCACAACUGGUCCAAACCAGUUCCUGCCUGUUCCUUCAGCCGGGGCAACCACCACGCUGACCAUCACCUGCCAGGGUCGCAUGGACAAGUCGGAGGUUGAAGGUCGCGAGGGCAACAAACCGGCGGUGGGGAAAUGUCCAUCUUGGCUUGAUGACGACCUCCCGCCAAUAUUCAGUCACAGAGCUGCUAGUGUAUCAGAUGACCCAGAGAGUGUGAGUAUGAUUGACAUGCGUUGUGAGGAGGACGCCAUCUUGCCACACCACAGCCAGGUGCGUCACGAGCUCAUGCACAACCAGUACAACAUGAUGAAGGAGGAAGAGGACCACUGGCAGGAUGACCUAGCCCGGUGGAAGAGUCGCAGGAGAAGCGUCUCCCAGGACCUGAUUAAGAAGGAGGAAGAGAGGAAGAUGAUGGAGAAGCUGAUGACGGGUGAGGGGGGGGCCAUCUCUCAGAGGAGGAAGAGCAUCAAAACCUACCGGGAGAUUGUUGAGGAGAAGGAGCGUCGUGAGAACGACCUCCGCGAGGCCUACCGGUUGGCCCGCACCCCUGAGGAGGCAGCGUUGGUCCUCCACCGCUACGCCCAGCGCUUCACCAUCAGUGAAGCGGUGUUGGAGCGCCUGCAACUGCCCAAACUGCUGGACAGGAGCAUCUCUGAGGAUCCCACCGCUACCACCAACACACGUCUCACCCUCACCCCCACUUCCUGUUCUCCCACCCCCACCUCCCCGGAAGAAGAUACAAAUGGCCCCCUGAAGUACCUGAGGCAGCAGUCGCUCCCGGCACCCAAGUUUACCGCUACUGUUGAGGCCCAGGUGGUGGGGUUCCCUCAGGGUUUGUCUCAUCGCCCCCAGAUUCGGUCGCGCAAGCCUGAACCAAACCCCUCGAUCCGGGCCGUCUCACCCAAGUCUGUGCCUUUGCUGAUGCCCAAGCCUUACAAUCAACCCAAGGGCAUGCAGAUGCCGGUGGGUCCCAGGCCAGGCAAGGUGGACGGCUUGCUGCGAGUGAACGGCGACAUGGGAAACGAUGAGGCCACCACUCCAGAGAGCGAGGGAAGGACCUCCCCUCUACGGUUCUACCCCUCCCCUGCCACACCUACAGCCUCCUCUGAUGGUUCUGACACACACCCACUUGAGGCCACUCCCCCACCCACACACAGCCCCUCCCCCAGGGCAAGCCCAUUACCAGCCAUGCCAGCUGUGGCACAGUGUGGCACAGGUACUGCAGUGACAUCAUCUUCAAUGCCAGGAGAAAGUGAUGCCCAGAAGAAGGAUAAUGCACAGGAGUCUACCCUGCCUAGCCGGCCCACCUCACUGCCCUCGGAGCUGCAGAGCCCAGAGUGUCUUGUGGAGGCGGGAGGCAGGUCUGCUGCAGGCCCACUGGGGGAGGAGCCCAACACAACAGAGACUGCAGUACAGCCCUCUCCAGCUACAGAGUCACAACAAGCUCCCAAAGAACAAACAGAAGUGUGUAUGAAUGCCACAGCGACUAGACAGAACACCACUGUCCUCCGUCCAGUCCUAUCAGAGCACGCCACACAACAAGCUCAACCAAUGACCGCACCGGUCAGUGAGCCCAGCCUGGAGGCGUCUCAGAGAGCAGAUGAAGUUGCUACCUUGGCUGAUCCAGGACCUGUCAGAAACAAAUCACCGUGUGAAGCUCCCACAACAGAGCUGGCUAACAGUGCCAGUUAUCCACCAGCAACCGACAACCCUAGGUUAGGCCUACGUUGGGAGUUCUUCACCACGCCAGAGGGGGCAGAGCAGGAGCGUGGUACAGCAGCGGUCACUCAGGUGUCAUCCCCGGUAGUGGCCCAGGCUAAGCGGGGUGACCGCUGGUCUUGGGACCCAAAUGAGGAGCGAAAGCGUCAGGAAAGGUGGCAGCAAGAGCAGGAGCGCAUGCUUCAGGAGAAGUACCAGCAUGAGCAGGAGAAGCUGAAACAGGAGUGGGAGAGAGCGCAAAGAGAGGUGGAAGACGAGGAGAGGAGAUACCAUGAGGAGGAGCGAAGGAUACUUGAGGAGACUGUGGCCCCUCUGACCCCCCUCUCCUCCACCCUGCCCUCGCCCAUCCGGGGGGACACCCCCGCGCCUAUGGACCCCCAGGACACCAUCGUCCGUUCGCUGGCCGACUGGGAACGCAAGCAGGAGCUGCUGGAGAGACAGGGGGGGAACACCGAGAGAGUGGUAUGGAAAGGACAAGAUAACGACAGGAGUAGUGACAUCAGCACAGCGUCCAGAGAUGAGAGUCUGAAAACAGCAGUCAGCUCAAUCAGCCAGAACAGCAGUCAGGCAGACAAGCUGACACCGAGUUUGCAGAAUGGUCAGAGAGCACCACCCACCAUGGCCGUUCCCCAGCCCCCCAACAAGAAACAAAAUACAGAGGUCUUACUAGACUGCACCAAACCCAGCCAGCGGGCGCCCUCUCGGGACAGGAGGUGUGGCUCCAUUGAAUCCAUGGGGCCCAGUCCAUCAAACUCACCCACCACAUGCCCAUCUGACAUGCCUCAAUCUCCAAACAGGUCGGUGAGCGGUAAGAAGCUGUGCUCCAGUUGCGGUCACCCUUUGGGAAAAGGGGCAGCCAUGAUUAUUGAGACCCUCAGCCUUUACUUCCACAUCCAGUGCUUUAAGUGUGGGGUCUGUAAGGGACAGCUGGGUGACACCACCACGGGGACAGACGUGAGGAUCCGGAACGGCCUCCUCAACUGCCACCAGUGCUACAUCCGCUCCCGCUCAGCCGGCCAGCCAACCACAUUGUGACAACGUUGGGUCAAUGGAAAGCACACAGAGAAAUUGUCUCCCUUCUUCUCCAUAUAAUCAACAUGUGUGGAAUGUGUCUUGUCUGUCAAUGCCUAUGUGGGGAUUUUCGCAAUGUCUGCAAAUCACAUCCUAUCGGGUUUAUUGAAAUGGUCCAAAUAAUGCCUGACAUUGGAAAGUUGUGUGUACAUAGAAUAUUAGUCCGACUGAUCAUAGUCAGCCUAUUGAUUCUAUUGGCUCUGUAUGAUCACAGCUCAGAGGUUCUCACUUCCUCGUAUCCAUAUGCACCCACAAGCCCUCGAGAGGAUGGUGGACAUUUUGAAUCUGAGCUCUGAUACUGUAAAUAUGGUGUAUACAGUAAAACAGCCUCCAUCACUUCAAAACAGUAUAGGAAACUCAUGAAAACACGAAUGCAAUGAAGUCCAACCAACAAAUUUGGCACAUAGACAAAAUAUUUGUUUGUAAAGUAUACCCUUUAUUUGAAUUGAAUUAUUCUCUGGUAUCCAGGUUGUUAGAUAGGCCUUAUUAGUCUUUAGUUUUUAACUUAAGCUUCUAAUUUGGUUGCUAGAGAAGGUUGUCAUGAUUUCCAAUAGAAGUUUCAAGUAAUAGAAGUGUAUUCCAUUUUGCCAACUUGAGAUCUGUAGGAGUUUUUCUCGGUGGUCAACUAAAGGCUUAGAAAAGCCUGCUUUGUUCCUCCCGAUUUUCACUUAAACCACAAUUAACCCAAACUCUGGUUUAAAUUCUGAAAGUUAAAUCGUUUAGCUAACAAUCUUCUUUCCAGGCAGCUCCAACACUGUCUUAUCGUUUAUUUCUUCCGUAUUGCUUUAGUAGCCUACUGGAUACAAAACAAUACUGUGCUGUCACUAGGCUGUAGGCCUACAUACAUUACAGUAACUUUGCACGUCGGCCGUGACAACUUUAUCCUUUUCUCUCUUUCUUUGCUCAAAAAAAAUGUCCGCUCACAAAGUUAGAUGUACUUGAUUUCACAGCAAUAACGCGAACUGAUGCAUGUAAACUGAUUGUGGAGGUAAACAACCGUCAUGUAUUCAUGCUACUGUACUAAACCAUUCCGUAAACUCUUAACCGGUUCUCUUUAGGAAUUUCAGGCUUGGAAUGUCAUGAAACGUGCCUUAGGUAAACAGGUGAUUGCACACUCAAGGGAAGGGAACCCAAAGAUGGUGUCCACUUUAAGGAAAACUCCACCCAAAAACUCUCUUUUGGUAUUUAUUUCAUUAGUCCAUUGAUGAUAUAGUCUCAACUUGAUUAUUGACAAGAGAAACAUGAUCAAGAAUAUCACUUAAAAUACAGAAAUCAGCAAUAGGCAUCAUAUAGGGAUUAUUUCUGUAUUGUGUAUGUUACAUGUCUUUUAAAACUUAUUUGCUAACAAGCAAAACAUUUUGAGACUAUAUCAACAAUAGACUGAUGAAACAAAUGCCAAAGUUUCGUUUUUGGAUGGAGUUUUCCUUUAAGUGUGAUGGGGUAGGAUGGGAGAUUUUUGUCCAAAAUGCAGGAGAAACUGCACGAGAGCUUAAAAUCACCCCACCAAUUUGUUUUGUUGAUAUUCCCCUUUAUUUUUUUACUCAUGUCACAGUCUACCAAACCUUGUUUUCUCAUGAUUUGCAGUGUCUUUCCAGUUUCCAAACGGAAUCUAAAAUAUAUCUAGGAUAUAUGGUUGACAUAUUUAAUAGCAGCCUUUCCCAACAAAAAAUAGGAUGACCAUUGAUUUUUUUUAUUUUGUGUAUCCGAAUGUUUUGACAUUAUGACUCUAUAUGGGCCUCUCUAUGCCCUGUUGACAGUGAUGACGGUUUUGGUCAGCAAUAGAAACCCAUUUUCAACAACAAAGAUAUAAAUGAAGCAUAAAUUUUGCGUUUAGAAAUUAUGGCUAAAAUGUUCUUACCAGCAGGUGCACUUGAUUAACAUUUGGCUGCGAAAGACCAGUGCCAGCAGUUUGAAAGUCAAUUGUGAAAUUAUAGGCUACUAUGGAGCAAUUUCAGUGCCAACAGAAAUUGUAUUUGAAUUUCAUAAUUUCGAAUUUGUAUUAGGAUUUUGAAUUUGAUUGUAAUACUUUUGAAUUUGUAGUCGUUGAAUUCAGCUUUAGCUAAUUGGGCUAACAUAGUCUUGUGACAUGUAGGAGACCUUGUUCAAACCCACUCAGUCACAAGAGCAAGAUUUAAUAGGGAGUGAAAAGGCUAUGGCAGGACUAUUCAACCAUAUUCUUAUGGGGGCCAAAUUGUGUUUUUUGUGACACUCUUCUAACUCCGAUUGUUGUCAUCAUAGAUGACUGUUCUGUUCCCUACAGAAGGCUCCAGAGUCUUCGCUUUCAGGAAUGGGGUCAUAAUAGCUCAUAGCCAAGACGGUUCAAAAGUUGGCGCUAAAAUUCAUAGGAAGAAAAUCAAUUCAACAUGUCACAUUGGCUUCAGAAACUACAUGAAGUUUGUUUUAGAGUGAGCAUUUGAUUAUCUGUUCUCUUCCUUCCUGGUUGCAAAGUACCAGGAUGUUGUCUCAGGUUUUGAAUCUGAAUUUAGAGAGCUGAAGUUGAAUAUAUGAAACUUUGAUUAACUUGAAAUGAUGGUUUGUUAACUUGAUUCACAGACAAUGAAUGCAAUACUUACCAUAAGUUAAAUGCAUGAAUUCAGUGAUUCAAUUCAUGCAUUACAAAUUCAAAAUAAUGGAAUUCAAAUAAAAUGUCUGUUGGCACUGAAAUCGCUCCAUAGGUUACCAGUGGUGGAUAUAAUGAAUGUUCAAAUGCUAUCUUGAAAUAAAUCCAUAGCCUACUCUGUCAGACAUAUGACCCAUUCUCAACUUGUAGCUUACAACUUUCCCUGUUUCGUCUGAGUUUAUUUUUCUGAUAUAGUCCUGCCAUAUUUUUAGGCUUCAGAUCUGAUUGUCUUUUUACUUUUACUUAGGAAAUUAAUACAUCUCAGCUGAUACUCUGCAGGGGGGCGUCUUUGUGUCAAAUAUCGAUACUGUCUUAGCUGGAUGAAUAGUUUGGGAAUGAUACUUUACGUCUAAGUUCUGUAUUUAUUGUAAUAUUCACCUGAACAUUACCCGAAGAAAGAUAAAUGUGAUGUUCAAAUGCAUUGGCUUUAUAGCAUACUGUAUGUUUAUAAAUAAAAUGUAACAAAUGAAUGAA